CAUCAUUGAAAUACCUAAUCUGUAUGUGAUCUUAUCAACUUAAUUCCCAACUACAUCUCACAACUUGCAUACAUGUUCAGUGCUUACCUACCAACCCAAAUUAUAGUACUACCAUAGUAUGUAAACACAAAGAACAAGGACUAGCAGAGGAAGUAGAGCCAAUCCUUUUGCCAUAUUUGCUGGUAGUUCUCUAAAAUCCUUACUGGAAAUUGAAUACUACCUAAGUACCUACCUACCCUGCUACGCCGGCAGCUUAGCACUCAUUCAGCUUGCCCGCCAUGAAUACCACCAAGCGUAAAUUCAAUGCCUUGUUACAAGGGAUCGGCGCGAAGUCGACCCCGUCGGCAGCGCCAGCGCCAGCGCCAGUGUCAGCGUCAGGUAAGCAAAACAAUAGUACUUCAAACUCAGCGCCAGUGAUUCGACCAUCAACUCCAACCUCGACUUCAUACCUAGCCGACACAACUACUCCAAACAAAACAAUGGCUCCUUCCAGCAUACCUACGACUCCAAGCGAAAUCCUUACUAAGCGCCGGCGCGUGGGCGUACUCGAAACCACAACGGCAAAUGAGAAAACAGGCAGCACUGCCAUUUCGAACAUUAUACUAAAGAAAUGGACGCCAGGUGGCAGCGCGGCCUCUCCUAGUAAAGGAACAAAGACCAACGAGCCACCGAAGUACUGCCCUGGUGAUCGCGACGAGUUAAUAAGGCGCCUCGCGACAUUCCAAGAGCUGACAGAAUGGACCCCGAAGCCCGACAAGGUCAACGAAAUUGAAUGGGCAAAACGAGGCUGGGUUUGCCACGGAAAAGAACGUGUGCAGUGCACAUUAUGCCACAAAGAGCUGGUAGUGAGGACCAGCAAGGAACAAGUAGACGGCAAGGAGGUCACCGUAAAACUCGGGUCCGAUAUCGAGGAGGCCUUGGUCAAGAGAUUCGUCGAUUUGAUUGUUGAUGCGCACCAAGAAGAUUGUUUAUGGAGAAAACGUGGCUGCGACGAUUCUCUCCUCAGACUACCUCUAGCGAGCCCUCCAGCUGCUUUGGCCGCUUUACGUCAGCGAUACGAUGAGCUUUGCGCCCGGCAGUCUUUUCUGCCAUACCUCUUCAACUUACGUCUGCCAGCAAACCUUGAUUUACAGGCUACCAAAUCUCAACUAAGUCCAACGUUCUUUACCGAACCACCGCCGCCUAGUACGAGCCCUACAGCACCCAAUGAUGUGGCUGUUGCCCUGGCUCUUGCCGGUUGGCAAGGUCUCAUGAAUCCACGAGUGGGCCCAGUACCAAACUCGGCGACUUGUGCUACAUGUCUACGUCGUCUAGGUCUAUGGAUGUUCAAGAGCAAGGAGGUAGAUGAUGCGGGAAAUAUCCUGGUUCCAGCACCGAUGGACUAUCUCGAUCCCGUACGCGAACACCGGUUCUUUUGUCCUUGGCGAAAUGCCACGGUACAGCACAAUCCAGGUGCAAAGAAAGCGGACAACAAAACUGCUUGGGAAGUGCUCACUGUGACGAUCAAGAAUCAUGCCUACCUUCGUGCACAGUCAGAGAAGAGUACUCUUCGUAGCAUUCUUCAUCGCCCUGCGGCAUCCCUCCCAGCCACGCCAAUGAAGGGAACACAGAAAGGAGGAAAUGGUGGUCCACCAACACCGGGGUCUGAGGCUGUGGAUGACGAGGAUGAAGACAACACAGCUAGAGACCUAAAGGAUAAGGAACGAUGGGCGCGAUUAAGGAGAGUAAAGAGCUUGUUCGAUACGAAGAAUGGCAAGAAGCUACGACGUGAGUCUUCUCGACAUGGUACUGAGUCAAGGCCUCCCACUUCGCAUUCACGACAAGCAAGUAUGCCACCUGAGACAUCGACCCCUAAGAAAUAAGGAGGCAGCCCAGGUAGUUGGGAAGGUAGCGAGGUAGAUAAAGAUGAUUUGUCAAGAGUUGGGUAAUAUUAAGCGGUAUGGUUCAGCAGGCGUUUCCUCUUACCGCUGGGUUAUAGUCGUUAUCUGGAUACCCAUUGUAAUAAUAUCUCGGAGUCUCUCUUCAAUGAAAUAAUCUAAUUGAUAUGGUUGAUUUUCAAAA